AUGGCGGAUGGAUUCGUGAAGGACUGCCUGUUCGUCUAUGAGAAGUUGCUCGUGGACACAACCUGCAACGAGGUGCUGGACAAGUUGGAGAGCAAGUAUGGCUUGGAGUCGCCAUUGAACUCCCUUCAGAAACUUCGGGCGCUGAUUGAAAAAAGCGAGAACAUGGAGACCAGGCAAUGGAUUCUGAAAGUGAUUUGCGACAUGGUGGAGGGAGGAGGGCUUGAGCGCAAGACCAUCACCAAGACCUACCUCGCUGGGACGCCCACAGCCGCAUCGCUGGUCGAGCUGUUGAAGCUGAAGCGAACUGUGGCGCAUCACUUUUUGCAGGUGGAGAUGCCACGCAGCCAGUUCGACACUCAGGACCUUGCCAAGAUCCACUCGAAGAUCAUGACGAUUUGCAGCUACCGGAAAUACGUGACCGCUGCUAACCUUGAAGGUCCAUCUGAAGUUCAAUGGAUGUCUUCGUUGAAGCGCUCCAGCAUGCUUGUGCUGAGGUUGAUCGAGGACAUCCUGCACACGACGACGCUCAACGGCCCCUUGAUUGCUCUUCUGAAGAAAGGAAAGGGAGCCAACCCGCUUGAGCUGCUCGAGAUCGAGACGUUCAGUCUACGAUGGAAGGCUUGCGUGGCAGCAAAAGACAAUGAACUAGCUGCAGAGAAAGCGCUCUACAAGGCGGCCGAGGAGGAGCAGGACGAGCAGGACGAGUGCACGAAGAUCGCGCAGGGCAGCGUGGCUCCGCAGCCUUCAAAGUACCCCAAGGGCUCGGCUGCAUUGGACAGCGACGGCAGCGCACAGGUUGCGAUCUAUGUGUCGUUGCGGGCCGAGCCUCCAACCCAGUCUGCCGUUGCCCGGGCCGUAGGGGAUAGCGGCCUGAAUGGCGACCUCCGCGGCGUGCAGGGCAAGAGCGGUGUCAUGAUCCACUUUGACGCCAACCUGUUUGCAGAGGCCGCCAAAAGGCCUGACCGAAGGUUUCCGCCACUGAGCCCAGCCCUCAUGAAAAAGUUGAUCCACGGCAGCAUCAAGGGCCGCGGCGGCCUGGCGAACAAGAAGGUGGCAGAGGAUCACUUCGACCGUCCAAUUGACGGAGACUUCAUUUUCUUGAACGAUGCUGGGCGGAACGUGCUGGAGAGCCUCUUGGCGCCGUUCAAGUCGAAGGAUGGCAAGGGGGCCUUGGCGCACUACCUGGAGCACACGGAGAUCACGCUGUGCCUCAGCCAGGAGUCAAUGGAAGGAAAGAAGAAACUGAACCGCGGCAUGAUCAACCAGAUUCAGCGCUGGCACGUGAUCAGCACCGAGCCCAUGAAAGAGAUGUACGGAGACAAGAUGAUGGGCGCAGAUUCUGCCGAGGACCCAAAGGAGAAUGAAGAACAGCGGCGAGACGGUGACUCUUAUGAGCCUGCCUUCUUCAACCACUUGCCGGUGACGCUGUACUCAGACGCCCUGGCCGCGUACGAGAUCACAGGCGUGCUGGAUUGCACGCCAGGCGCAGGAGAUCUGGCCAAGGCGGCCUUGCUGCGGAGGAUUCCUUACAUGGCCCUGACCAUGACAGAGACUCACGCUUCGCUUCUCCAGAGUGAGCUGGUCAAGUUUGUCAAGCAACAGAUGCAGACAGAAGGGUCUACGUUCUACGCGCCUGAGUGGGCGGCAGCUGGCAAGAAGGAUGCGGAAGCCGAAAAGGGCAAGAAGACGCCAAAGCGGCCGACGCCCGCCCCCGGAGAUCCGGCGCCUGAGCCGGAGCCUAAGAAGCCAAAGACGACGAAUAAGAAGACGGGGAAGGCGGAGAAGAAGCAGAAGAAGGAAAAACCGACUGGCAACGCGCCGCCGGCCUCCCAGCUGAUUGACGAUUCUGAAUCAGACUCGGCCAGUCAGUGA